ACUCCUCCAUACUCAAGAGAGCCUUUUCGUCGCGUCGACAAACUUUACUUUCUUUCAACUUUGUGGUUGAAUUGGAGAGGCCUGGGGACUCCCAUGUUCUGGCUUUCGCGACUAUUCUUUGGUUAGUAGCUGGAUGGCGGGCCCUCUCGGAACGCCGUAAGGAACACGCACAACACGUCUAUUGACCGGGAGAUUCUCCCGGUAUCGGCUUUUCUGGAUGGCGGAAACAACAUUUCCAUCAAGGCCUAGUGGCAAGCUCAAUUUACCCUCUCCGUUAAACACGAUGACUGGUGGUGAUGCUGGAGUGGCUGGGUACUUUAACUUGUGUGAAAGAGGCGUGCAAUCGCCAAGCUCUGCAAACAGCAACGACCCUCUGCCCAUACAGCUACCGUCAUCGCCAUCAAAUACCAUGGCCGCUCUCACCGCACUGCAGUAUCUGCCCAUUCCGCUGUUGGUAUUGUCCUCUCUCAAGACCGUAGUUCUCGCCAAUGAAGCUAUGGGAAGACUACUGGGUAUCGACUUUGAAAAGACUGUCAGAGACGGAAUGUUAAUAAAAGAAAUCCUACAGGGUAAAUCUAUGGGUGAGCUAGGCAUUGAUAUCCUUCAGAAUGGCUCACCGAUUCUUGUGCCGUGGGAGGACUUCUUAGAUUCCAUCCUGGAGGACUCAUCAGUAGAUACGGACACUGACGAAGACAACGACAACGACAACGAUGGGCUAUCUGCAUGCGAGAGCGGGGGCAGCACGCCCACCCCGGCACCUCCCAUCAACGAUCCUCUUAUCGCCCACUCCAAGUCAUUGUUGCCUCAAUUGAGUAGCUCCAACCUGGCCAGAACCACCGUGCACGAUGUCGCAGUUGACGUGGUCAUUGCUCCUCUGCGUGGGGUUACAGGCGAAUGGCCCUGUCCAGAUAAAUCUACACUAGUACACAAUGCGAUGCAAGCCAACCUGAUCGUCUCGGUGUGGUACAUUGAGGACACCCAAUACUACACGUUAACAUUUACCAGUGCCAGCCCAGCUAACACAUCAAUAACCUCCCGCCCCUCGAGCCGAGUGGUUACAAGGACGAGUACUGGUUUACAUUUGAACAAAUCCCGCAGUUCAGGUUCAAGUUCCUCUUCCUCCGGGCAACGCUCGGGCAAAUCAUCUAAUCCAAACUCCAAAACCGUGACGCCAACCUUCCAAACCCCGGAUUUCCCUCCGCGUGGCCCACCCUUGAGGAAUACAAAUGACAUAUCAUCCAAUGCUUCAAUAUUCCAAAAGGCAACUCAGAUGAAAGAUGCAAUUCUAAAUUCGAUAAACCUUCCAGCAUAUGCAAUGUGGAAAGAUGAAAGUUUUGGAAUCCCCAAUAAAGCCUUACUCCGACUGAUGCCAAAAAACGGGAAGUAUUCUCCCGGUGACCAGCGAGCAUUUCUAUCACAAUACAGCCUCUACACUGAGGAUUUUAAACGCGAGCUUACAUUAGACGAGUUUCCAAUCAUCGAGCUUUGCCGUAGUAGGCAACGAUUUGAUGGCCGACGUAUUGGAAUGCGUAAUCCGAAUUCAGGGAACCGGAUAGUUUAUGACGUUACAGGCGAACCUGUUCUACACGAUGAGAGUGGAGAAUUCUUGGGCGGGAUAGUAAUUUUUAAAGAUGUCACCGAAUACACCAAAAGGAUUGCGGCGCAAAUCGAAGAGAACGAAAGACAAUUCGAGUACAUUGCAAAUUUCAUGCCGGUCAUGGUAUGGACCACCACACCAGAUGGGAUGCAUGACUGGUUUAGCCAGAGGUGGUAUGACUACACCGGCCUUACGGUUGAAGAGUCCCUUGGAGAGGGAUGGAGGUUACCUUUCCACCCAGAGGACAUGCCGGCGACCGCUAAGAGAUGGCUACACUCACUGGAGACUGGCGAUGAGUACAACACCGAGUAUCGGUGUCGGAGGCACGACGGAGAGUGGCGCUGGAUGCUGGGUCGAGCAGUACCCUUUGUUGACGAUGAUGGCCAUAUCAUCAAAUGGUUCGGAACUUGUACUGACAUCCACGACUUAGUUGAGGCCCGCCAGGAAGCAAGGCAGACUAGGGCACAGCUUCUUCGCGUUAUUGAGCAUGCUCGGGUCACGCUUUGGGCUGUAAACAAAGACAGCGAGUUGAUACUCCUGGAGGGUGACCUAUCGUGGCGCGACGUUGAAGGUGUACCAACAAUAGAACGUGACAUAUACGAAUCAUUUGGAAAGAAAGAGUCAAGAGAAUUGGAGCGAUGGCACGACCCAAUACAAGAGAUUCUACAGGGCCAUGCGCACGAUGAGAUUGUUGAAAAAUACAUUGACGGUGCCCGUUGCUAUCGCACCCGCCUUGUUCCAUUAUGGAGCACCUCCCGAGUUGGGGGGGUAGAGGGAGAGUCUUACAUUGAUGGCGUUAUAGGUGUGUCAAUGGAUGUCACUGAGCUCCGUUGCCGUGAAUUGCAAUUAAGGGAACAAGAGAAAGAGAACUCGAGACUAUUGGCGAAUGCGGUGGCAGCGAAGGAGGCCUCCAGGAUGAAAUCACAGUUUCUGGCAAACAUGUCUCACGAAAUCCGUACCCCUAUCGCCGGAGUCAUUGGCAUGAGUGAGCUUCUCCUGGAUAUGAACCUGAGCGACGAGCAAAAAGAAUGUGCCGAGAACAUUCAACGAUCAGCAAACGGCCUCCUUGCUGUGAUCAACGAUAUUCUAGACUUCUCGAAAGUGGAGAGUGGGCGAUUGGAUGUUGAAGAAGUGCAAUUCAGCUUGUCGGUGGUGUUACGAGAUGUCAACAAGAUGAUGUCCUUCGCAGCCCAAAGAAAGAACAUUGCCUACAAAAGUCACAUCCAACCAGAAGUAGAGCGAGACCUGAGAGUCAUGGGUGAUCCAGGAAGACUACGACAAAUAUUGACCAAUGUUUUAACCAACAGCAUCAAGUUCACUUCUGAAGGGCAUGUCCAGCUAUUUGUAUCCAUUACCAGAGAGACCCAGGAGACCGUAACGGUGCAUUUCGUAGUUGAGGAUACUGGUAUUGGGAUUGAAGAGGAUGUCAGGAAGCGUUUAUUUCAGCCGUUUUCUCAAGCGGAUUCUUCCACUGCUCGUAGAUUUGGUGGAACGGGCCUAGGUCUAACGAUCAGUAAAAACCUUGUGGAACUGAUGCGAGGUGACAUCGGACUUGAAUCGAACCUCGGUCAAGGAACAAAAGCUACAUUUUGGAUUCCCUUCAACAAAGCUCCGUACCAGGACGAUGGUUCACCGUUGAUCGAUCUGGCGUCGAUUCCUGAUCGACUUCAGUCUGACGUGUCGGUCUCAUGCGGAAGUUCCGAAGAUCAUGCAACAGCAUCUCAAACUCCAAAACUGUAUAAUGGAAGCCAUAGAAAACCUUACGGAUGGGGCAACUCAGAAGCAUCGCAGCAGAUUUCGAUGUCGCCGCUCGUCAACCGAAGCAUUCCAGACCAUCUAAUAACCCUAUCAGAGAAUGAGAGGCAGAAGAUUCACAUCUUAGUGGUAGAAGACAAUCAGAUCAAUCAACAGAUUGCUCUCAAGACGAUUAAGAAAUUGCAUUUCUCAGUCAAUGCUGUUUGGAACGGCCAGGAGGCGCUGGACUAUUUGCUAAAGGAACCGUCUCCAGAGCAUCCCCGUCCCCAUAUUAUCCUAAUGGAUGUUCAGAUGCCUAUACGUGACGGUUAUAGUGCGACUCACGCCAUCCGCACCGAAGCCCCUUUUAAAGACAUUCCUGAUGUUCGGCAUGUCCCAAUCGUGGCCAUGACUGCAUCUGCAAUACAGGGGGAUAAGGAGAAGUGCCAACAAGCUGGGAUGGAUGAUUAUUUGGCUAAGCCAGUCAAGGCGAAACUUUUGGAAAAGAUGUUAGUACGAUGGGCACUUGAGGGUAGGAAAAAGCUAGCCAAGAUGCCCAUUUCCAGAACUGUUGAAGAUCAUCAACCCGCGUCCACUCCAACGAAGGACAAGCCAAACACACCCGCCCGACCUAGCAACGAUCAACAACAGAUAUUUCAGCACCCUACCGCACCUGAAACGGUGGCGCAAUAUCCAGCGCUCACGGCUGAUCUUGAUCGCCUUCACUUUGAGAGCAAUGCCGCCUUGGCCAAAACCGAAGAAACGGACGGCGACCGGGCUUUGCGACGUAUCGAAGCCGAAGAAAUGGCAUCCAACCUUAGAGAUGAUAAACUCCUCUCUUGGGCUGGGCCUCCACGAAUACACCGCCAUCAUAAUUAUCAAGGGGCGGGGGGCCCGACCCAUGAGCUGACACAGGAGAACAUGCAGAAAUUCACGCACGAACGGGAGGGAGAGCCCACCCACCCUCGGAGAGCGCGUGAGCAUGAUGCCAACUCAAGUGUAGCCAUGGAGCCCCGUAGUCGGAGCGAAAGCAGAGCCAGGGAUUCGCCAUCCUUGAGACCUUCGCUGUCCGAUGUCCGUCUUCGCGAAAGUGAGAGAACGGUUACGCCGCGGAUAAUGAAAAGAGACAAAUGAGACACAAUACCCUCUUUUUGCAUAUUGCUGCAGAGUUGAGUCCACUGGAUGUUGCCAGGCUCACUUCACCUGUUCCUGUUCGUCCUUCUAGGCUGGAUGCUUGGUCCGC